AUGGCCAUUCCGGCCAUAUUGGAGCCUCUUGGGACAAUCCAACCACUUCUGAGCGGCUGGCAGUGGUUUGUUGACAACAGGCAGCAAACUGUGGGUGGGAGUGAUGGCUUAGAAAAACACUCGAAUGGUUGCGGCGUCAAUGCUAUGCGAACCUAUGGUUAUGAGGAUGACUUACUUUACGUUGGAAAUUGGUCCUUUAUUGAAGAAAGUUCUUACCAAGUCCUGCUUGAAAGCAUUCUUGAUCAAGAGGAGCAGCAGCAGCAGCAGAAAAAAGAACUUGCGAAGGAGGAAGCCAUUUAUGGAUCUUCAAGUGGCUCUUCGGCUCUUGUCUGUGCUGGGGCUUUAAAUGUUGCAUUGCCAACCAAUGAAGUUGAGGAUCCAGCAUCACAGAUGGAUGGCAUUUCUGAGACUUCAUUAGUGAUUCACAAAUCUGAUGACAACGUUGACACCCUUGUCCCACCAUCUGUCGAAGGAGGUAGCUCUCAAGACAUCAACUUGGACAAGAGCUCUGAAAAAAGACUCACAGCUUCUCCAAACGCCAAUGAGUCCAAACAACCAGCAGACGGCUUUCCAAUUAGGAGGCGCAGACCUUACCAUGGAUUUAUCAGCAAUGGCCAGGACGAGCCAGAGCUUGUGGAUUUUGGGACUCCAUCACAUUCUGAGGAGUUACAAAAGGUCCUUUUUGGGAGGGUUGUGUGGAAAAUACACAAGACUAGGUGGGACUUGAGGCCUGAGGAUAUGUAGCAUUUUGGUCUCACUUUAAAGUGUAAAUACAUGGUAUUAACCAUUUCCCCUAUUUAUGGGAGACAAUUUUUUUGGAAUGACUUGAAGCAAAACAAUAUAAAUUAAAAUAGUUGGGAA